CUCCAUCUGUUAUCUUAGACCUUUGUUACCAAGUGACACAAGAGGAGAUUGUCGAAGGCAGCAUGAAAGAGUUUUAUUUUACAGACUCUUAGUCCAAAGCUUCCAAAUUAGAGAGAAGCAGCAGCAGAAAAGAAGUCAAGUAAGUAUGAUGAAGAAGUCUCCAUAUCCUGCCAUUCUAGUGACGAGAACCACCGUUGAGGGUGAAGGUGCCUCUGUGGCCGGGAUCUGUCCGUUCAGCUUCUACAAUAAAUGCAGCCAAAGGGGCAGUCACUUCUCAUCAGUCACAAAAGUCUCCUCUUUAGACCUCACUCUCACAAAAGCCAUUUCUCAUCAUGCCAAACCAACAAAAGAAAGUCAUUUUUUGUAUGGCUGGGGUGUUAAGCUUCGUGUGCGCCCUUGGAGUUGUGACAGCCCUGGGGACACCGUUGUGGAUCAAAGCCACCUUCCUCUGCAAAACAGGGGCUCUGCUCGUCAAUGCCUCUGGGCAGGAGCUGGACAAGUUCAUGGGAGAAAUGCAGUACGGGCUUUUCCACGGAGAGGGUGUGAGGCAGUGCGGGCUGGGAGCGAGGCCCUUUCGGUUCUCACUUUUCCCAGAUUUGCUCAAAGUGAUCCCCUUGAGCAUCCACGUCAACGUCAUUCUCUUCUCCACGAUCCUGGUUGUUUUAACCAUGGUGGGAACGGCCUUCUUCAUGUAUAAUGCUUUUGGCAAGCCUUUUGAAACCCUUCAUGGCCCACUAGGGUUGUAUCUUUUGAGCUUCAUGUCAGGCUCCUGUGGCUGUCUUGUCAUGAUACUGUUUGCCUCUGAAGUGAAAAUCCACCACCUCUCAGAAAAAAUUGCAAAUGAUAAAGAAGGGACUUACGCCUACAAAACACAAAGUGAAAAAUACACCGCUUCGUUCUGGGUUGUUUUCAUUUGCUUUUUUGUUCAUUUUUUGAAUGGGCUCUUAAUACGACUUGCUGGAUUUCAGUUUCCUUUUGCAAAAUCUAAAGACACGGAGACGACCAAUGUAGCUGCAGAUCUAAUGUACUGA